AAGGAAAUCGGCAUUGAUACAUACUCACUGCUACCAUAAUUUGGAAUUAUUGGUUCAAGACAAGAGAAAGGUAUCAGCCAGAAGGUGUCCACAAGGUUACAGAGCUAUGUUAGCUUGUUACUGUGAACAGCCGAUAACGUCAUUCAAAUGCUCUGACUAUGGUAAUAACCACACAGUUAAUACCAUGGUUAAUCAUUUCCAUGUUCAAGGCGGCAUACGCAGAGGAUGACAGUGGCAGUAAUGGAAGCUCCACAAAGUAUUAUAUUUUAAUCGGAGCAGGAAUUUUUGUCAUUGCUGCCAUAGUUGUGCUUGUAUACCUAGACUGGAACGAUCAUUUAAAGAGUUUGGAUGAUAAGAAAUGGAUAAUCUACGUGCUUUUUGUUCUCUGUGGUUUUGCUGGGCUUAUAAUAUUCACGUGGCUGGUAUUUGGAUUCAAGCGAUAUACUAACCUAGACAGGCGUACGCUAUUGACGUAUUUCUUAAUACGCGCCGCGCACGACCCACCUCAAUUUGGUGGAUGUAUGAGAGAUUGGUGAAUAAGAUAGCAU